UUAAUAAUAAACCCGUCUCAUGAAUAUUAAGCAGAAUAUUGAGAACGUUCGAACGAGAGACCUAAGAAUUUCUUUUGUGUUUUCACUUUGACUUUGAAGUUGGAUAUUAUACAACUGGCUUAGUAAAAAAUGUCCCGAUCAGUGAGUUUCGCGUUGCUGGUCCUAGCCGGCAUUAUACCUUCCAUCUCUGCAUGCACGUGCUUAUUCCACAAUCCUCAGCAAAUAUUCUGCAAGGACGAUUUUGCUGGUGCGUUUAGGAUUGAGGACAACGGAACAGUUAUAGACGGUAUCAGAGUGUAUGAAGUGGACAUGCUAGCUAUGUAUAGAACUGUUCCAAUUAAAAAUCUGGAUACAGAGAAGUUAUAUGCCCCCACUGAAAUUGGGGCUGGGUGUGGAGUUAUUUUGAACCCAGAUGCAUACUAUGUUGUCUCAGGAUAUUACUAUCAAAAACCUGGUCAGCUCACCCAAAUGGGAACCAGCACAUGUUCGCUUACGACGUAUUUUCCUAAUAAUCCAGUGCCUACUUAUCUCCCUCCUGAUUGUGACACAACAGAGGUAGAGAUCAAGUCGGAUAGGCUAGUUAUAUCCUAAGUAAAAUGAUUUUUCCAGAGAUGUGUAAUGCGGAAAAGACCGACUACAACUUGCAUUUAAUUAUAAUGCUUUGUGGGAAAUAUUAAAGUAAAAUAUGUUCGAA